CCUCGUUCAUUUGCCUUUUCAUCUUGCAUCAUCAGAUUGAGUGGUCAUCGGGAAGUAGGUCCAGAGGAUCAACUUUGCUCACUGUGUUGAUAACAACAGUAUAAAGACGCUGCUUCAUCUCGUGUCUUGUAUGAGUUUUGUAUGAAUUGGAUUACUCAUCCAUAAGAGACCAUAAUCAAAAUGCGUCGAGCUGCUCUAUUCCAAAUCACAUCUGCCGUGGUAGCAGCGCAGUCCGCCGAUCUCGCCAGCCAUGUCCUAACAGACACCGGCUCCGUGGGAGGCGGCAACACCUUUCCGGGCGUCUCCCGCCCGCUGGGCAUGGUCAAGCUCGGCCCGGACCUCGAAAACGGCGUCGACGCCUACUCGGGCUACCUCCCCGCCGGUAACUUCACCGGCUUCUCCAUGCUCCACGAGUCCGGCACCGGCGGGGCGCCCAAGUACGGCGUCGUCAACCAGAUGCCCGUCGUCGGCGUCCUCGACAACCCACUCCGGGUCAACCAGAGCACGGAUACCCGGGCCCGGCCGGAUGAGACGGAGCUCGGGUAUUACAGGGCGUUUCUCGGGUCCGGGGUCGUGGUGGAGUUGGGCGCUUCGGAGAGGGCUGGGAUGUAUGCGUACACCUUUCCUGGGAACAAUGGCAGCGGCAACAACAUCAUUGUGGACGUCUCACACGUUCUGCCGUCGUACAGAGGGCAAGGUCUUGGGCAAAACUACCUCGGCGGAGGAAUCGAGGUGUUUGAUACUAGCGAUGGGUUUCACUACGAGGGAUACGGGUACUACGAUAAUGGCUGGAAUCGCGCCGCCGAGUGGAAAGUCUUCUUCUGCGGCUACUUUGACCAGCAUCCCUUCUCCUUCAAGACCUUCCUCGGCACCGACCUCACAUCAGACGUCCUCUCCGCAUACGGCAACGAAACCACCUCGUACGAAUCCCGCACACAGCGCCUAGGUGCCGUCUUCACCUUCGCGGACGCGGCCGUCACCUCCCGCGUCGGCGUCUCCUUUAUCUCGACCGCCCAAGCAUGCCGCAACGUCGACGCCGAGAUCCCCGCGGGGACAAGCCUCUCGACCGUCAGGACGGCAACCAGCGAGGCGUGGACGACAAAAGUCCUCUCCAAGGUGACGACGACAGAGACCAACACGACCAAGCUGGACCAGCUGUACACGGCCUUGUACUUUAUGAACCUCCUCCCCACCAACAAGACGGGCGAGAACCCGCUCUGGGGGUCGUCCGAGCCGUACUACGAUGACAUCUUCACCUUCUGGGAUACCUUUCGCUGCACCACAUCCCUCCUCCAAAUCCUCCAACCCCAAGCCCACGAAGAAUUCAUCCGCUCCACGAUCGACAUCUGGCGCUUCACAGGCUACGCCUCGGACGCCCGCUCCUCCUUCUUCAACGGCGCCGUCCAAGGCGGCUCCAACGCAGACAACGUCCUCGCAGACGCCUACGUAAAGGGCGUCCGCGGCGCCGUCGACUGGACGGACGGCCUCGCCGCCAUGCUCACAAACGGCGAGACCCCCCCGCCACCCAACAACGACCCGCGCGACCCCUCCUCCUCCACAAAGGAAGGCCGCGGCGCCCUGCCCGACUGGCUCGACCUCGGUUUCAUCUCCCCCACCUACGCCCGCGCCGUCACGCGCGCGGUAGAGUACGCCGUCAACGACUUUGCCAUCUCCCAAGUCGCGCGGGGCCUGGGCCAGAACGACACGGCGGACACCUACCUACAGCGCUCCCGCAACUGGCGCAACCACUGGAACGAAAACAUGACGGCCCACGGCUUCAACGGUUUCCUCGGCCCCCGCAACGCAGACGGCUCGUUCCCGCUCCCGGCACAAAACCCCCUCGACUGCGGCGGCUGCUACUGGGCCGAGGCGUACUACCAAGCCACGCCGUGGGAAUACACCUUCAACGCGCACCACGACGUCGCCCACUUAGUCGACCUCGCCGGCGGACCCGAGCUCUACGCCGCGCGCCUCGAAAAGACGUUCGAACCGGGCGGGUACGCAGGCAACGCCGCGUUCGGCAACACAAUCUUCAACCCGGGCAACGAGCCCUCCUUCGGCACGCCGUACCUCUUCAACUUUGUCAACAAGCAGCACCUCGCCGUCCGCCACGCCCGCUUCGUCGCGAAAUCGUACUACAAGCCCACGCCGGACGGGUUACCGGGGAACUCGGACGCGGGAGCAAUGGAGUCCUGGCUGCUCUGGAACAUGAUUGGUCUCUACCCCCUAACGGGCCAGACGACGUUCCUCAUCGGGUCCCCUUGGUUUUCCGAUUUGACUAUCGCCCUUGGUGGCGGCCGCGAGCUGAAGAUUACUUCGACGGGCGGGUCCGAGGACGUGUACUACGUCCAGAGCCUGCGCGUCAACGGACAGGCGUGGGAUAAGACGUGGGUGACGUGGGAUGACAUCUUUGCCGGGGGCGGGACGCUGGAAUUUGAGCUGGGGCCGGAGCCGGUGGAGUGGGCCACGGGAGAGCUGCCGCCGAGCCCGGCGAGCGUCGUCAGUGGUCAGAAGGAGGAGGUUGCGGCGCUGAGACAGCAGCGGCAACGGCGGUGGCGGCAGGAGGAGCGGGACGACCAAGAGGUGGUUGGAUGAGUUGAUCUGCGGUUGCGAUACAGACAGACAUGCUUGCCUGUAUCAUGACAUUCAUUCGGAGCAAAAGCAAAAGCUCAGCCCCCGAUAGGGGGCCUACGAAAGAUCCAAAGAGGCCCAUACCGACCUCUGCCGUCAUGUGAAUGAAGCUUGGAUUUUUACAAGAAACGGGACUCGAACCCGUGACCCAUGGGAGCGGGGCCAUUCAGAACGAGCUGACAUUCCCCGCCACGCCAUGGGCCUUGGUGACAGUAUCACACAAAUUUGUUUCCUAUAGAGGUACGGAGAGUGGGUGGAGGCGGAAU